AUGAAUAUUUUGUUGAGUUUGUCCACAGCAUGGCAAGGAAAUCCACCAGCCAAUCUGAUAAUGUCGAGCAACAGUGGCAGAUGUUUUCUCUCUUUGUUUCUGGGGAAAGGCAAGCAAACUUUAGGCCAGCCUUUACCCCUACCAAGAAUUAUGUUUUUAAUUCGCUGCCAAUUGACACCUUCACGUUCAAAGGUUGUAUCAGUAUACGUGGGCAUUCUACCACGGGCUCCUGGACAAAGAAAAGAUCUCAGGAAAUUACCAGCCCCGUUUGGUGAUGCACCUGUUAAGAAGGAUUUCUUGCCCCUUGGGUUCCAGUUCUCCCCCCAACCUGAACAGGGUCAUAGGUGUGAUCACUUGGAUUGUUCUGUGUCAGAUGAAAUGCCAUGGAAAAUCUUUCACGGGUGUUGGCAUUCUUUCCAUUUACAAUCAAGCUAA